AUCUGUAUUCUCAGCGAUUCUCAGUUGAUCGCGGGUAGUUCUGAAUAAAUGAUCAUUUCGUCACAGGUGUGGGGCUAUUCUGCAUUAAUACGUUCUCGUUUUGCAAAAGCAUGUCUGCCUCAAACUUUAGAACAAGUAGGAUAAUGAGUUAUAUCAUAAAAUAAAAAAACCCUCGAAUAAUAAAUUAAUUUAGUGGGGAGGGCCUUAUGAAUGGAACAACAUUGGAAGCCGCACAAAUUCGAACAAAUUUUGCUUGUUCAAGCGUUGAUAAAAUGGGUUCUACAUGUGCUAAAAAUAAACACUGAUUUGAUAGAUGAUAUACGUGCGCACACCCAUUUUUGCAUUAUUAAAUAGAUUUACUACAAAGGAAAAUAGACAUAAAAUUAUUAUUAUAUAGUGAAUCGUAAAGUUCGGCAUUGACUUUAAUCAUAGUUGGUUUAAGUACUACGCUAAUAAUAGAAACCGGGUGCUUUCGAUACUACACAUGUCAAUUUCAUAUCUUCUUUUUUCGCAAAGAAACAGAAAAGUAUAAAUGGCGGGAAAACUGUGGAAUGUUGAGAAAUAUGCUCGAUUUAAAAAAGAUCCACCAAAAGAUUUCAUUGCAUCUUCGCAAAUAGGAGGUUGGCAGCAAUUCACAAGCUCAGCUUCCAAACCUAUCACGAUCGGUAUAAAAAGUCCAUUAAAUGUGAUUUUACAAGCUGGCUCUGAAGUUCUAGAAUCUUUUACGUUGUUGCAAUCCUCGAAAUGGUUAAAGGCGAUAGCUCGUAAAGAUAACAUGUUAUUUUUUUAUAGAUUGCAGAACUCCGUUCGUCGUUUCCGUAUAAAGUUUAAUAAAACAUAUGACAAAUCAUCAAAAGAAUCCUGCGAAGAAUUUGUGCGCGCAAUCUCCUCCCAUGUGCAUGUGCAGGUUGUUGAUAAUAACGGUGAAUUGUCACAGACGGUAUAUUCACAAAGCUCUGCGUCUGAGAGUGUUUUAUCGAAUAAUAAAGAAAGAAAAGAUGAAGGAAGAUUGUCAGUUGUUGAAAUUACGAAGAGUGUUUUAUCAGGUGACAUAUCGAAUCUACCGAGUUACUACCAACACUCAAAUUUAGAAAUUGAUGAGAGCGAACCAGAUCUUAUUAAAACAUGCUUGCUAGAUCCUAACUUUCCAGGAUUUGUUGAAGAGGUAGAGCGUCGCCUUAAAGAAAUGGUUGCUGAAUAAGUUGUUAUU